AUGGGCACGCUCUACUGGACGAACCCUCUCUUCUUCCGGACGUGCUUCGCCGCAUUCAAGAACAGCCCGCACCUGUUUGUCAUGUCUGUGGGCAAGGGCAACCUUGACAACUUCAUUGUGAAGGAGUACGUGCCGCAGCCGCAGAUUCUAGACAGGGCCAGCGUGUUCAUCUCACACGGCGGCAUGGGCGGCAUCAGCGAGGCCAUGGUGUCCAACGUUCCCAUGGUGCUCCUCCCGAAGACCAUCGAACAGCAGAUGAACAUGCGCCGUAUAGAGGAACUCGGCGCGGGCAUGAAUCUCGGCUGCCCGGCUGUCGACCGGUUGCUCGACCCGAAGGUGUCCGCGGCCUACGUCGAGGCCACGCAAUCGUGCGAAGAAACUGGAGGGGCCAAGCUGGCUGGCACGCAACACUGCGCUCACGCACCAUCACCAAAGAGGACGAGAUCGUCCACCGCGGCAGCCACCAAUGCAGCGAGUGGCUGCGAAAGAGACGCGAGAGUCCAAUCGCCCGACGCUGUGCCAUAA